CAAACAGUUAAACAGCUACUUCCUCCAUGCACACUCGUUAGUGAACAAACUGUGGUGUAGUUUGUGGUGUAGGUGUUGUUUAGCCUGCAGCAGAGUGGAUACUGCAGGUCAAUACUUUGCACAGGGAAGUAAAACCUGGUCUCACAGUGUGAGCAUCUAAUAAACCUUCAAACUGUUGCUCCAAUCAGCCUUCAUGAAAUAGUCUCACCUACACCUGAAAUGACAAACACACACCAACACAGCAACCCGGCCCUGCUGUGUGGAAACCAAGAGUACAAUACAAUCCCAAAGGUCACACACGCCCCUUCAGGCCUAUUCAGACUGCAUCUCAGAGAAAGAGAGAGAGGGAGGAGCAGGCAUCCCUGGUAUCUGUGGCCCAACAGGAGUUCAGGUAUGUAAACGCACCGGAGGAAACCUAUAAAGCUUUUUAUAAAACUGGAUCCACACUCGGAAACAGAACUUGUGAAGGAAAAAAGACUGAGGACAACAACUUCUUCUCUGCAUCAUGACGCCGCCAAAACCCCCCAGGAAAAGCUGCAUGAUGAAGUCUGUCAUCACCAGCUCGUAUGACGCCCAACAGCCGGCCUACUUAGACCCAAACAGCAGCACGCCUGAUGUCACAGAUGGAAACCAGUCCGAGGUCAAAGUCAGGCCCGUCCCUCGUCCGAGAUCUAAAGUGCUUCCACGAGCCCCGAGUAAAACCGACAGCACUGUUGACCCUGCAGACAAAACUAGCGACGCAGCCAAUGAAGUGAGUUCCCAGCACAGUGAAGCUACAGCAGAGAGGCCUCGUCCUGUGCGUCCCCCUACGAGACCACCUCUGGCCGUCAGCAAAUCCACACCAGAGAGAGAGAGUCAAUACAUGAGUUUAAAAACUGAGCCGAAUGUGAAGCCUCCAGCCAUCGUUACUGAGAGAAGACUUCGUCCCGAGCGCCCCCCUCCUCCCGCCAUCUAUUACGGUAGAGCGCAGUCUCUGAAGGAGAAACAGUCCAAGGAAAUAUCAACUCAAGAAUCUACAACCAACUCCACAGAGCAAACUCCAGACUCGUCAUAUUUCUCUGAGAAGGAUGGGCUCCCCUGUGGGACUUAUGGUGAAAUGGCGACAUGCGGUACAGGCCGACCUGCAGUUCCACCUCGACUCAGUCAGCGCUCCCUCCCACUCUCUUUCUCUGAGUGUGACACCUCGUCUCUACAGACCCGACCACCUCCUCCUUCAUUCAACCCACCAUCACCACCAGCUUUUGAAGGGACACCCUCAGAGUCAUUGUACAGUGAGAUAGAGACUCGUCCCUACCUGGACGUUCUGCCGGAGGACGAAGACAACCUGAUACACAGGAAGUCCACGCCUGGUUCAGGACUACGCUACCAGAGUCGCUGCUUCGCUACAGGCCAUCAGACGUCAGGGGACAAGGACGACAUCAUUGGGAUGUUGAGAUGGUUGACAAGAGUGUCCAAAUCUAAUUACAUGACUCCAUCACUGUACGGCCUCAGUAUAGAAGAGGAAAUCAGGUCAUUCGAUCAGAGAGCCAGGGACGUGAGCAAGGCCCUGCGCCUCUACAACCUCCUCCUGAUGAAGCGCAACGAGACCCUGCGCAACGUCAUCACUGAGUUCAUCUCCAUCUCCAACUGCCUGGACAAGAUGAAGAAGAUGGCCAAAACCAUGGGCAUCGCUGGAGGCACCACGGGCGCCGUGGGAGGGAUGACUGCUGUGCUGGGCAUCGCUUUGGCUCCUGUGACCAUGGGGGCCUCGCUGAUCGCUACAGCUGUUGGCGCCGGCAUGGUGGCCUCCGCCGGGGGUAUGGGCGCCCACACUGCCAAUGCCAACAAGAAGACUGUGAACAAGAUGAAAGUUGAGAAACUAGUGUACGAAUAUAAAUCAGAUAUCGUGGACGUGGAGCGGUGUCUGGAUUUUAUUCUCUCUGGGAUGAAUGAGCUGCGGCGGCACGACAUCGGCAGGAUACAGAGGGCAGGAGCCGAGCCUGACGCGCUGAAGAUGGCGCAUCUUUCGCAGUCUGUGAUUAACAAUAGCAUAAGCAAAGGCAGGAGGACUUCAGCUGCACACCCUUCAUCUGAGAGGCUGCUCCUGGCUUUCGCUAAGGAGCUGGAUCAGUAUUUCACAGAGGAGGAUGGUCAGAGGCUGAAGAAGUCCAACAAGAGCCGGUUCUCAGGGAGGGUUCGGCUGCUGGCUGGGAACCUGCAGGAUCAACUGGAAUACCUGAAUCACAUGUGGGAAAUGUUUAGCUGAAUCAGAAAAGUCCUUAGACAUUUUCUGACAUGAACUCUGGAGGAUGUCUGCAGAAUGGAGUCUAGACUUCCUCUGCAUUUUCCUUUCCACACAUGAACAAUGCUGCAGGAGAUUCUCCACUCAGACGUGUCCAGAGCCACACAGAAGUGUCUGGAGCACAGCGGGCAGAGGAAGGAUGCAACGUUUUAAUCCUGCUGCUGAGAUCAUGCGUUGUCAUCGGCCCUUGUCACCAAACACUCUCUGGACAUCUUCGCCUGUGUCCUCUACGUGUGUGGCGCCACUUAUUUAUCCUGAGAUAUUUAGAAGUAUUUUGUGUG